AUGGGCGCCAGCAUGUCGUCGGAAGAGUACCGAGCGGUGCGGCUUGUCCCGCAGUCCAACUUUGUCGCGAUUGACCGCAAGUUUACGGCCCCCCGCGUCGUGACGCUGGACAUGAAGGGCCAGAUCUGGACAUGGUCGGGCCAGGACUUUCACAUCCGCGAUGCUGACACUGGUGACGUGUACUUUCGCCUCGACGCCAAGGCCUUCUCGCUCCGCGAGCGCAAAAUCCUCCGCGACAACCGCGGCAAUGUGGUCGCUGUGACCAAAGAGGACCUCAUCUCGUUCACGCUCACGCAGCGCGUGUACUCGAGCGAGGCGACCGACCACGAGCUCCUCGCGAUCAAAACGCGCCUCAAGUUGGGCUAUCCCGAGCUCGAGUGCAGCGUCCGAAACCUCUCGACCGGUCGAGUGCACGAGCUGCGCUGCAAGGGCGACUGGACGUCCCGCAGAGCGAUCAUCUCGAUCGACAAUGGAGUCGUCAUCGCCAAAUUGCGCCAACCGCUCGAAUUUGGUGGCGCGCGGUACCUCGUGGAUGUCGCGCCGGGCGUCGACAUUGCGCUCGUGACGCUCGUGUGCAUCGCGAUGGACGAAGACGAGCGUCACCGCCGCAACUAA